CCUCUUUACUUGUCUCCAAAAUGGAUGCUUUCAAUGGGAUUUUAAAAUUCAUCCUGCACCAGAAAACUGUUAUUGGCUACAGCUUCAUGGCCCUGCUGACCCUGGGAAGUGAGCGUCUCUUCUCCCUCGUGGCAUUUAAGUGCCCCUGCAGCACCGAGAACGUGGCCUAUGGGCUGGUGUUCCUUUUUGCUCCUGCCUGGGUUUUACUGAUCCUCGGAUUCUUUCUGAACAACAGGUCGUGGAGACUCUUCACAGGCUGCUGCUUGAAUCCCAGGAAAAUCUUCCGCAGAGGCCACAGAUGCCGCUUCUUCUAUGUCCUGGGCCAGGUCACUCUGAGUUCAUUGGUGGCUCCAAUGAUGUGGCUCUCUGUGGCUUUGCUCAAUGGCACUUUUUAUGAAUGUGCCAUGAGCGGGACAAAAAGUUCAAGACUCCUAGGAUUGAUUUGCAAGGACAAGCCCAAAGAGUGCUGGGAAGAGCUUUACAAAGUAUCAUGUGGCAAAACCAGCAUGACAGCCAUGGACAGUGAAGAGCUGAAGCUGUCCCUGCAAGCCCAGUCUCAGAUUCUAGGAUGGUGCCUGAUUUGUUCAGCAUCUUUUUUCUCUCUGGUCACUACUUGUUACGCUCGCUGUCGAUCUAAAGUUAGCUACCUUCAGCUGAGUUUUUGGAAGACAUAUGCGCAAAAGGAGAGGGAGCAGUUGGAAAAUGCUUUCCUGGACUAUGCCAACAAGCUGAGUGAGAGAAAUCUGAAAAGCUUUUUUGAAAACAAGAGGCCGGAGGUCUUCCCCAUGCCUACUUUUGCUGCCUGGGAGGCUGCUUCAGAGCUGCAUUCUUUCCACCAAAGCCAGCAAUACUACAGCACCCUGCACAGGGUAGUGGAGGAUGGUUCGGAACUUGGCCCCGAGGAAGAUGAGACCACAAUGGUCCUGGUGGGUUCGGCCCACACUGUGUAGCUCAUCCACCAUCCUUGACUCAUGGUGUCCAGGAGUUCACUUCUGACAGCUUCUUACCGCAUCAACAGCUGCCUGUGAAUAUAUGUGUUUUCUCACAUUUUCUGUUUCU